AUGGAAGUCCACCGGCUAGCUAUCCUUCUGCUCCUUGGAUCGGCUGUUCUGGUCCUGUGUUCAGAACAUGAAACUCGUCUGGUUGAAAACUUGUUCACAAACUACAACAAAGUCGUCCGCCCAGUCAACAAUCAUCGAGAUGCUGUUCAAGUGAAGGUUGGACUGCAGCUUAUCCAGUUGAUCAACGUGGAUGAAGUAAAUCAAAUAGUAACAACCAACGUCCGUCUGAAACAGCAAUGGACUGAUGUAAAUUUGAAAUGGAACCCAGAAGAUUACGGCGGCGUGAAACAAAUCCGCAUCCCAUCGGAAAAAAUCUGGCGUCCGGACCUUGUUUUGUAUAACAAUGCAGAUGGAGAGUUUGCAAUUGUCCAGUUUACCAAAGUACUCCUGGAUCAUACGGGCUAUAUCACAUGGAAUCCUCCUGCCAUAUUUAAAAGCUACUGUGAGAUCAUAGUCACCCACUUUCCCUUCGACGAGCAGAACUGUUCUAUGAAGUUGGGCACCUGGACCUACGAUGGCACCAAGGUUGCCAUCUACCCGGAAAGUGAUCGUCCAGACAUGAGUAACUUCAUGGAAAGUGGAGAAUGGAUCAUGAAAGAUUUUCGGGGAUGGAAGCACUGGGUGGACUAUGCCUGCUGCCCAGACACUCCAUACCUGGAUAUCACCUACCACUUCCUAAUGCAGCGUUUGCCCCUCUACUUCAUUGUAAAUGUCAUAAUUCCUUGCCUCCUCUUCUCAUUCUUAACCGGACUAGUGUUUUACCUGCCAACGGAUUCGGGUGAGAAGAUGACCUUGAGUAUUUCUGUGCUGCUGUCUUUGACAGUAUUCCUUCUGGUCAUUGUGGAGCUCAUUCCUUCUACCUCCAGUGCUGUGCCACUGAUUGGCAAAUACAUGUUGUUCACAAUGGUAUUUGUUAUAACCUCUAUCAUCAUCACCGUCAUUGUGAUCAACACUCACCACCGCUCUCCAAGUACCCAUACGAUGCCCCAGUGGGUGAGGAAGAUUUUCAUCAACACAAUUCCAAACCUGAUGUUUUUCUCAACGAUGAAGCGGCCUUCCAGAAAUAAACCUGAAAAAAGCAUUUUUACCGAAGACAUUGAUAUUUCUGAGAUCUCUGGCAAGCAAGGUCCAGCAGCGAUGAAUUUCCAGUCUUCCCUUACCAAAAACCCAGAUGUCAAAAGUGCUAUUGAGGGUAUCAAAUACAUUGCUGAAACCAUGAAGUCCGACCAAGAAUCGAACAACGCUGCGGAAGAAUGGAAAUUCGUUGCCAUGGUGGUGGAUCACCUUCUCCUCGGCAUCUUCAUGUUGGUUUGCAUCAUUGGAACACUGGCUGUUUUCGCUGGUCGCCUCAUUGAAUUACAUCAGCAGGGGUGA